AUGCAUUCCUCAGAGAAUCAUGACGAUAGCGGCGAGGAAGAUGCCACGAAAUUGGAAAGAAAUGCCGGGCUCUUGAUGGCUACAAACAAUGCAACCAUUGCAUUCAAAGCCAGCACAGAGCGACUAUACUUGCCAGAACCACAUUUCUACAGAUUUUUAGCAAAGAAUCCCAUAAAGACCUCACCAGCUAUCAAUAGGGGAUACUGGCUCCGGAUGAAAGCCGUCGAGUGGGUUGUUCGUCAAUUUCUGGAAAAGCCGACCGGUCAGAAGAAGGUCAUUGUCAACUUGGGCUGUGGAUACGACCCUCUGCCGUUUCAAUGGCUUGCUCGAGAGAAACCUCUGUGCUCCAACACCAAAUUUGUUGACGUUGACUACGAGCCCUUGCUGGAGACAAAACGUGGGAUCAUCGCAAAUCAUACCGAGAUGAGAGAUCUGCUGCAUAGUCAUGUGGCGAACCCAUAUCCUGCGGACCCUGCCAUCCUCCUCGAUAGCCAGGAAUAUUCUGCAAUCGGCUGCGACCUACGGAAUUUACCUAAGUUACGAAGCCUACUUGCUUCCGUUGUCAGCCUAGAAGACAGCAUCGUCCUUUGCAUCGCCGAAGACACCACGUCUUACAUGCGGACUGAAGCAGCCGAUGCUCUUGUAGCUUGGACCUCAACCUUGUCUGCUGAUGUCACACUCUGCGACCUUGAACCAUGCAGUCCUGAUCAGCCAGAUAAUCCCUUCACAGCGAAGAUGACAAGUUACUAUACUAAGCAGGGAACUCCAUUGCGAUCCAAUUUCAAGUACUGUGGUCGUCAUACUCACACUCAACGCUUGGUCGAAGCAGGUUUUACAAACAUUGAGUACCAGAAUCUCUGGGAGCUAUGGGCAGAUCCACGCUUUCUUUCAUUAUCUCAGCGCAUGGCUCUAGAUCACAUAGAACCUUUCGAUGACUGGGAGGAAUUUGCGCUCUUCGCCAGCCACUACGCUCUUGUUGUGGCUCAUAACCGGGAGGAUCACGUUCUACCAGAGUUAAAUUCCUCUCGCAGGAAUUCUGACGCCAGCGACGAGUCUAAUAUAUCAGCAAGGACUUCGUCUCCAAACAAUCCUGAUACUCAGUUGACCGCAUUCCGCUACUAUCGAGCGCCCGGGAAUCUAUGCGAGCGACACCAUGGUUCAGCUUACCCUAUUCCUGGGUCCCACGCCAUAGCCAUCUAUGGAGGACAAGGACCAGAAUCUUGUCGAGCAACAAGUGCGGUAUGCCGACCACGCUACUUGACGGAGGAAACGCCCACUGUUCUACCACCUGAAGUUGCUGCGCGCUGCUGUCAUGUGUGCACACCUAUGAGUAAUGGAGACAUCAUGCUCGUCGGCGGUCGCGCAUCUCCUAGCUCCCCACUGAGGGAUUGCUGGUUACAAAAAGGCGAUACGUGGCAUCGAAUCCAUGAUUUACCCGAACCGCGUUACCGAUGUCGGAUCGUCUCAGUCACCUUACCAGAUAAUGUUUUCGGAGCUGUGUGCUUAGGCGGCAAGACGGGUCCCAGCAACGUUGCCACUGACAUACUGCUUUGGGAACCAGGUAAUGGCUGGCGUGUUCUUCCCAGUCUGCGAAAUCACCCGGUUCCAAGAUUCGGCCCAAAUUUCAUUCGACUUGGCUUCAACCAUGGAUUACUCUUCGGUGGGAUGCGACAAGACGGUGUCGUCUGCCAGGAUUUCUGGCGCUGGAAGCUGGUCAUCCGUGACAAUGUCGUCAUGGGAAUCUCGUUUCGUCCCUCUCAUGCUUUUGAUGCGAGCAUCGGAGCUUAUCCCUGGUUUGCCAGGUUUGGGGCUUCAUACGGCUUCGUUCAGGAUACUUUACUCGUUAUUGGCGGCAUUGCCAAAGGCGGCUGCAUUCCCAAGCCGUACGAAAUUCUGUCAUUGACUGGUAGUUUCGCCACCUUACACGACGAACCGAGGGAUCCUAAUCUGCGAGUGUCGUCGGUAGAGCCUGUCAGAUCGCCCGACUGUCCUCGACCCUUCCUGAUCGGACAUUCAACUCAAAGGACACAAACAGGCAUGUUUGUCAUCAUAAGCGGCGGCGCAACCUGCUUCCAUUUCGGCAAAUAUUUCAACAAAGGUAUAUGGGUUUUGCAUGAUAAAGAGGCAGGCAUCUCUGCGGACUGGAUUGUUGUUCCCAGUCGGCCAUCAGCGGCUCCUGGAACUGGCUCUGAACCAAGUAUCAAUGGUGCCGAUCCUCAGCCCGAGGGCUAUCUGAUCAGAAGAGUCCUCUUGAGGCAUGCGAACGAGUUCUUGUAUGGUGUCCGACGGUGCAGACCGCUUGUUAUGGCUGGACUGCACUUUGGUUCGUGUACACAACUGUGGACAUUGCAGUAUCUUAGGGAGAAGACCGCUCCUCCAAAUUCCUCUCGAGGUCAAAGCACGCAGAUUGGCGCCGCAACUACGACGCAUGCCGCUGUCCAUACCUUGCUCAAGCGAACCAUCAUUCUGUCGUCGAACUUCUACCCUAACACUCCUACCACGGACAUGCUAGCUCAGAAGGCCCUCAACCUCGAGGAAGUGCCAACAAUCGCUCCCGAUUUCCGCAUACCUGCUCAAAUGAAGCCGGUGGAAGGUCACAUUCAGUCUUUACAUUUUCAUGUGAACAACGGCAUAAUGACCUCACCCAGAUAUAGCGUAACGAGCACCGUUGUCUUCCAGAUCCGCGGAGCCAGAAAGUUGGUUCUCUUCCCACCAACCGACAUUACAGAACUUGCUUACCCACCCGGGUCAACCACAAGCGAGCAACGCGUUUUCAGCAAUACUGGACGUGGUCUGCGGUAUUCGCUACACGCUCCUAUGCAAACAGAUCCUCAUCUAGCAGUGUUACAGCCUGGAGACGCCAUCCUCAUUCCUCCAUUCUGGUCCUAUGCGCAUGUACCGCUGUUUCCUAAGGCCAGAAGUAAUGGCAUGGCACGACAGACCAACAAUGGCGGCGAACAUGCUACUAGUCAGAACGGAUACACUUCAGCAGACAGUUCCACGUCAGUGUCAUCGGUCUCCAGCUCCUCAGAAUACGGUUAUAAAGCCGUAAGCCUUCAUGUUCCCGCGGCCAGCAUGGUUGAGCCACGUCAGGUCCAUCAUCUCGAUGUUGCAGUCAGCAUCUCAUUUCCCAACCUGGAUCGGUCUCAGUACACUGCACGACUCGAAGAUGGCGAAAUUGGUCUCGCAGCCUAUGAAGACGGGAGACGUACGCUUGAUAAACUUGUCAAGAGCUUCAUACGUCCCUCUCGUAAACUCAUCGGACACAAGACCGAUACGCCCGUCUCCACGGACUCUGGUGAUACCCUCAUUCUGGACAGCAUUCCGAAGGAUGUUGCCAAAGCCUCUUUGAAAAGGUUGGGGAGGGAGUUGUUAAUGAAAGCCGACGAGCUGUGA